UCUCCUCUCGUGUCGUUCGUCGGGAGCUCGGCAUUGCGGGCCCGCUGCGCCAUCCGUUUUCUUUUUGGAAACCGCGUCACAGAGCAGCUGAGACGGGCUUAACAUUUCAAACGUCUGGCGGUAGGCUGUGAGUUUUUCCACCCUCAACCCUCUGUGUGUGUGUAGUAGUGUAGCCCCGACAGAAGCAGCAGCAGACCGGCUCAGGACGCCUCCGCAUACUGCGUCAAGAUCCGCGUAAAGCCCUUCCUGUAGAAUCUGCCUGUCAGCAUCAACACAUCGCAGCACAGAAUAAAAAGUGAGCUCGGCUGUCAUAGAUGUCCGCUCAGCUGGAAAGAGGCCCGCAGCUGAAGUCCACGGCCGAACGCGAUGAACUAAAAUCCGAGUUUUUUGACGUGAUAAACCCGGACGGAUGCAUGGACUCCGGGCUCAGGGCGCGGGACGCAGGGGGCCCGGGCUCCGAGGGCCAGCAGAAGCCGCGCAAGAUGACCCGGAGCCCCAAAUGCGCCCGCUGCCGGAACCACGGCGUGGUGUCGUGUCUGAAAGGCCACAAGCGCUUCUGCCGCUGGCGGGACUGCGGCUGCGCCUGCUGCCUGCUGGUGCUGGAGCGCCAGCGCGUCAUGGCGGCGCAGGUCGCGCUCAGGAGGCAGCAGGCCGCCGAGGUGAGGACAGACCAGGGGCAGGGUAAAAGGGGGGUCAAGUGUGCAGCUCCACUGAGGAGAGCAGCAUAUCAGUGUUAUACCAGCGCAGCAGAGUCAAGCAUCGUGGCUAAGAACAUCCUGCAGGGGUUAAAAUCUACAAUAGCCCCUGUGGAUGACACGUCCUGCUGGUCAAAGCAGCCACAACGUGACCAAACACAUUUCCCCUGCCCCUCCAUCAGUACCCGGAUGAGGAAGAGACGAGCCUUUGCGGACAAGGAGCUGGAGAACGUGAUGCUGGAGCGGGAGCUGAGACAGAGAGAGUUGCAGAACAACAUUUCUUUCCCCCCCUCCACCCUCAUCCCCGUGGUUCACACUCCACCGCUACCCAUCUACCACAGCCUUCACUGCUGCCCCCCAAACAAGCACCCGUCCUCAGUAGGGGCAUCCAGCUGUGUGCCGGUAUAUAAAUAUAAGCCUCUUUAUGAACGUGGCCUUGAGUUUUAUGAGUUCCUCCACGUAAAGAGCACAUCCUCCACAGGGGGUGACUAUAAUGACAUUUUGUUAUGCCAAAGCUCAGACCAACACAGCGAGGAUAAGGAGGUGCAGAUUUGCAGGGAAGACUGUGGGAAGAAAACCCAGCCAGAGGUAAUACCUCUACCGAGACAACGACUCAGAAAUGAUGGCAGUAAUAUGCCACGUGUCGUCAAAUCCCAUUCGAAACCGACAGAAGGCAUGGACCUCGAAUGCUGUUCAACAACCACCAUCUCUAUUUUAGUAUCAGAUCAGAGCGUCUUGAGUGAGGCAGACAACAGUUCACCCAGCAGGACUUUGGAUCCCAGACCUCUGACAGCUAAGGGCUGGAGCACAGACACUCCCUCCACUCAGACAGAACCUUGCGCUGACUUGGUCAAGGGCUCUCCGGGCAGCCCAGUGAGGACGUCCACUGUGAGGCCGUUGCCUUUCUCUGUAGAGGCUCUGCUAAGGGCCUGAGAGGCUAAUAACAAUAGAUUUAUUGCACAUGUAUAGACUUGAAUUUAAGGCGAUAAACAUAAGAUACCUUUAUGAUAAGAUACAAAAGUUAGCUUAUAAUCCUUUUUUUAGAUUUGAUAAACUUGCGUCAUACAAUAAUGUUAAUGAAUGUCAAUAUAAAUAUACAGACACAUUGGUGUAUAUCUGUGUGUGUGGGUCUGUGUGUGCAUGUGUAUGUGUGUGUUUGUGUGAAUGUCAGCACUAUAUUUUCAUUUACCAGCUUACUUUGGUCAGCUUACUUUUGAACAAUGUACAUUUGACUUUUUUAUCUUACUCUGUGAGACCUGUCCAGGGUGAAUCCUGCCAGAGAUAGGUAGGUAUAGAAAACAGAUGGAUGGAUAAAUUCUUGUCUGUGAGCAUAGAAAAUGUACCACCAUAAAACCAACCUGAUGAAAAAGAUGAUUGGCUCAAUUUGUGCUUUUUCUUUCCUAGACCAGGCUCACCUGAAAAGUAAAAUGUGAACAUAUCGCAAACCAGGCAUUAAAUUUGUGAGA